AUGCUGAGCUCACGCUGCUCGCUGUGGGUGACAAUUGUAGCCACUCAUACGUCAAUUUUGCAAUGCGCGUAUACGAUAGCUCCUGAUAAAUGGUUAGCAAUUACUACCUCCGAUUCCUUACACGCCAAGCGUGUUGUGGUUCCAAGUUAA